AUGAUGGGUUACCCCGUGCAACACAUCUCCCUUGAGAGCAGCUCAGACACCUGUCACACUUUGCUGUUUCCUUGCUCAGAGGCCACAUGCAAGCUAAAGGCCAAGUUCAACCUGAGCGGCUACAAGAAUGUAGAGAAGAAGAAGGUUGUUAUCGGGGGGAUGUUUCCUGUUCACAAGCGUAUUGCUUCCACUGAUGGCAACACUUCGAGGGUGCCCGUCUCCUCAGGGUGUGAGGGGUUUAACUUCCGCACCUUCCGCUGGACCCAGACAAUGCUGUUUGCCAUCGAUGAAAUUAACAGCAGGGACGACCUGCUGCCCAACACCGACCUGGGCUACGUCAUCUACGACUCCUGCUUCACUAUCUCCAAGGCCGUGGAGGGAACCCUCACCUACCUGACGGGCCAAGACGAGGCCGUACCCAACUACCGCUGUGGGACUGGGGCGCCUCUGGCUGCUCUAGUGGGUGCUGGGGGCUCCGACCUGUCCAUUGCCACCGCUAGGAUACUUGGACUCUAUCACUUCCCACAGGUCAGCUAUUGUUCAACCUGCUCCGCCCUGGAAAGCAAGUUCCAGUUCCCCACCUUCCUGAGGACCAUUCCCAAUGACAAGCACCAGUCUACAGCUAUUGCCCAGCUGGUGCUGCACUUUGGCUGGACUUGGGUGGGCACCAUCGCUGCCGAUGAUGAUUAUGGCAAGUAUGGUAUCAAAGACUUCAAGGAGCAGGUGGAAGAGGCCGGUGUCUGCAUCUCCUUCUCUGAGACCCUGCCCAAGGUGAGUUCCCCAGAGGCCAUAAAGCGUAUUGUUCAGACUGUAGUUGCGGCCACAGCCAAGAUCAUAGUGGUGUUCUCAUCGGACGUGGACCUCAGCCCUCUUAUCGCUGAGCUGCUCCGGCACAAUGUGACCAACCGCACCUGGAUCGCCAGCGAGGCCUGGGUCACCUCCGCUCUCAUCAACGAGCCUGGGGUGAGCUCUUUGCUGGGUGGUACCAUUGGCUUUGGGAUAAAAAGGGCUGAAAUUCCUGAUCUUCAGCGCCAUCUACUGGAUGUGGACCCCUAUGAUGACACUCUCACUGAGGAAUUCUGGGAGACGUUGUUUAACUGCACACUGGACUAUAGCAGAGCUUUGAAGCUGGCCAAACAGGGGGCCAUGGAGGUCAAUGGCACACUGUCCAGGGCAGCGAAGGAGGUUCCUAAUGGGCUGUGUACAGGGAAGGAGCCUCUGGCACAGCUCAAUAACACCUACACUGAUGUUUCCCAGUUACGAAUCACUUACAGUGUGUACAAAGCUGUGUACGCUGUGGCCCACGCCUUGCACAACCUGGAGUACUGUGUAGAGGGACAGGGGCCCUUCAAUGGGAACGACUGUGCUAACAUCACAAACUUUGAGCCAUGGCAGCUGAUGUACUACCUGAAGAACGUGCAUUACAAAGUGCCGCACACGGGCGAAGAGGUUUAUUUUAAUGAAGGGGAUGUAGAGGGUUUCUAUGACAUCAUUAACUGGCAGUUCAACCAUAACGGGGAGAUUUCCUACAUCACUGUGGGACACUACAAUGCCUCAGCAGCCCUAGAGGACAGGAUGACCAUAAUGAAUGACUCCAUUGUGUGGAACAAUGACAUCUUGAAGCCUCCUCGAUCAGUGUGCAGCGAGAACUGCCGGCCAGGCACCAGGAAGGGAAUCCGGCAGGGAGAGCCAGUUUGCUGCUUUGACUGCAUCCCGUGUGCCGAUGGAGAGAUCAGCAACACAACUGAUGCUCGUGAAUGUAUCCUGUGCAGUGAGGACGACUGGUCCAAUGAGGCUCAUGACGCCUGCGUACCAAAAAUCAUCGAGUUCCUGGCCUUUGGAGAACCACUGGGGAUCACGCUCAUCGCCAUCUCGGCCUUCGGAGCUCUGGUCACCAUCGCUGUUGGGGUGGUGCUUCUUGUGAACAUCGGUACUCCUCUGGUGAAAGCCAAUGAUGCUCUGUUGAGUUUCUCGCUGCUCUUCUCACUGGUGGUGACCUUCCUCUGCUCCAUUGUCUUCCUCGGAGAGCCUCAGGACUGGAGCUGCAUGACCAGCCAAGUAGCCCUGGCUCUGGGCUUCGCUCUCUGCCUUUCCUCGAUCAUGGGUAAGGCAGCAGUGUUGAUGCUGAGAGCUCAGGCGCUCAAAGCGGUCCGUGCCAAAAGCAAAGCAGCUGCCAAAGCUGCAAAGGCUGCAGCCGAAGCAGCAGCCAACAGCGGCAAUCCUGACGCCAACACAAAUAACAACAAUAACAUCAAUGUCAGCGAUAACCCUGAAGUUGACACUCUCUCCUGUGGCCACCAGAGGGCGAUAGCUGCUGUGGCAACAUUAAUACAGGCUAUAGCGUGCACAGUGUGGCUCAUCAUCCUCCCUCCUCACCGAGUGAAGAACACCUCUGCCCAGAAUAUAAAGAUCAUCCUCGAGUGUGAUAUAGGCUCAAUUGUCUUCAUCUGUUGUAUCUUUGCCUAUGACAUCCUGCUGGCUCUGGUGGCCUUCAUCUUUGCCUUCAUAGCCCGCAAACUUGAGGACCACAUCAGUGAGGGGAAGAGUAUGACCUUCGGCAUGCUGGUCUUCUUCAUCGUGUGGAUCUCCUUCGUCCCGGCUUACCUCAGCACACGUGGCAAGUUCAUGGUCGCAGUCCAGAUUUUUGCCAUCCUGGCUUCCAGCUUCGGCCUGCUGACCUGCAUCUUCCUGCCCAAAUGUUACGUUCUCUUGGUCAAACCUGAACGCAACACAGAGGAGGUGAUGAGGCCCCGUACCAAACCACGCGACGGGAGCUCGACUGGCACAUCAGCCUCGCUUGCUACAACUGCUACUGAAGUCACUACGACUGCAACCACUUCUAUCGAUGAUUAG